AUGAGUUCUCCGGAGGGUGAGGAGGGCCCCAGAUCCGCAGACUCAACUCGCAAACGCCAGCACGCUGACUUCGUCUUUGGGACAAUAUUGGGGGAGGGUAGCUACUCAACCGUGAUUUACGCUCAGGAGCCUGCAACUGGCAAAGAAUACGCCGUAAAGGUACUGGACAAGCGGCAUAUCAUAAAGGAGAAAAAAGUCAAAUAUGUAUCUAUAGAGAAGGACGUCCUAAACAGGCUCAACGAGCACCCAUUCGUCGUAAAGCUAUACUACUCAUUCCAGGACUCACACUCCCUAUAUUUUGUACUCGAAUUCGCAAAAAAUGGUGACAUGUUGGGCUUUAUACGGAAAUUGGGUGCUUUUGAUUUGGCCGCUACUAGGUGGUAUGCUGCUGAGAUCGUGUCGGGUGUCGAAUACAUUCAUUCGCACAAUGUCAUUCAUCGAGAUCUAAAGCCUGAGAAUAUACUCUUGUCGGAUGAUAUGCACAUAAAAAUAACAGAUUUUGGAACCGCAAAGAUACUAGAUCAACCGCAGACACCAAUACAACCAACUAGAUCAUUGUCUGUCGAGGGAGAGGAGAAGCAAAGGAACUCAUUUGUAGGAACAGCCGAAUAUUGCUCGCCAGAACUACUAAACGAUAGAGCAGCAUCAACAGCCUCAGAUGUAUGGGCUAUAGGAGUCAUAAUAUACCAACUAUUAGCAGGAAGGCAUGCCUUCAAAGCUAGUAACGAAUAUCAAACCUUCCAAAAGAUAACCAAACUCGACUACGCGUUCCCAGACGGGUUCCCACCAGUAGCUAAAGACCUGGUGUCUAAAAUAUUAGUGCUAAAUCCAGAUAUGAGGCCAAGCAUAUCUGAAAUCAAACAGCAUGCCUUCUUUGAAGGCAUUGAUUGGGCAUUGCUUCAUACAACAUCACCACCUAAACUAGUACCAUUCUUACCCGCUAUAUCGAAUCAUAACUCGACUGAUCUGGUAUCAGACUAUGCCGUACAAGGGGAUGGGCUAGAAGAUGAACAGGGGACACCAUUCCAAUUUAGUGCUGCUCCGCCGGAUAUAGACGAUCCCUUCCGAAAGGAAGGUGACGACGACGAUGAUUAUGUAGAUGGUAUAACACCAGCUUUGGGUAACAGAGCUUCAGUUGGAGCAGUGCUAGCCAGUCUGCCAGGCUCGCCGCUACUCACGGCAAAUAGUCCGAUUAGUCCAGACGGUAGAAUAGAGGAAUACAUCCCAUUAGGAGUGACUGGAUCACCCACAUGGAGAUCAAGUGCCGCUAGACCGCCAAGCGGUAAUCGACCUGCCGCUCGAAGUAAUUCUCAACCAAUGACUCCGGAACGGCAAAAAACCCUUGAACGACAACAAACCUCUGUUGUAAGUCCACUGCUACGGCCAAACGAAGUAUUAAUGAAGUACGCCACAGUAAAUAAAAGGAAGGGGCUCUUCUCGAAACGAAGAGGGCUGAUACUCACUGACACUCCACGAUUGUUUUUCUACGAUGAAGACAAGAUAGUAGCUCGUAGUGAGGUGCCGCUAGGCCAUGGGUUUAGGGUAGAGUUGAAAGAUGCUCGUCAUUUCUUUUUGCAUAGUCCUAGAAGGACUUAUUAUCUAGAAGACAUGACGGGGCACGCUGAUGUAUGGGCGUCUAAUUAUAGGCCUCAUAAAAAUGGAGUGGAUGACUUGGUGCUCCUCACUGAUCUUACUGAAUCCGCAAUUGUCGACACACUUCGAAAACAUUACGAUUCAUCUGAAAUUUAUACCUACAUUGGACCAGUCUUGAUCAGUGUUAAUCCAUUUCAAGACAUUCCCAACCUAUACAGUCAACAAACCUUGAUGAAAUACCCUCACAAAUUCAGUUAUGAGAACCCUCCUCACGUCUUUGCUCUGGCUGAAGAUGUUCAUCGCAGCAUGCUCAAGGAAAAGUCUAAUCACUGCGUGAUUAUCAGUGGAGAAUCAGGUGCUGGAAAAACAGAAGCUGCCAAGAAGAUUAUGAGCUAUAUUGCUGCUGUGACUCCAGCGGAUUCGCGCAAUAGCGCCGAUAAUAUUAAGACGAAGCUCUUACAAUCCAAUCCAGUUUUGGAAGCAUUUGGGAAUGCCAAGACACUACGAAACGAUAAUUCAUCUCGUUUUGGUAAAUACAUGGAGAUGGAGUUUUCGUAUAGUGGUGCUCCUACUGGUGGCAAGAUUCUUGAUUAUCUUUUGGAAAAGUCUCGAGUCGUUCAGCAACAAUCUGGAGAACGAAACUUUCACAUAUUCUACCAAAUCUUGGCUGGAUCAUCUUCUGCAGAAAAGAGUCAAUUACAACUCUUCGGCCCCGAGUACUAUCGAUACUUGAACCAGAGCAAUUGUGUGAAGGUUAGCGGUGUUAAUGACGCUUCAGAUUUCAAAGAAGUUCGGGACGCGAUGAAAUCUGUUGGUCUUGGGCAGACUGAAAUCACCGAUAUUCUACACUUGCUAGCUGGAGUCCUUCAUAUUGGUAAUCUGGAGUUCACUGAUGGUUCAAAGGAUGUCUUGUCGAAAGUCAGCAAUCAUGAAGUUUUGGCUAUUGCUGCUGGGAUUCUAAAAGUACAACCAGCUCAAUUGGAAAAGGCUCUUGUCAACCGAACCAUCUUCACCAACAAUGAACGUAUCUCAACUCCGCUCAAGCCCAAUGAAGCAGCACUUGCCCGAGACUCUCUAGCCAAAAACAUUUACGCCAGAAUGUUUAAGUGGAUCAUUGCUCGUUUGAAUGAAAAUCUGGCGUCUUCUGAAGCGAAAAGCUCCAACACAAUUGGUGUGUUGGAUAUUUACGGCUUUGAGAUAUUCGAGAGAAACUCGUUUGAGCAGCUCUGCAUUAAUUAUGCCAAUGAGAAAUUGCACCAAAUCUUUAUCGAGUUGAGUUUGAAGGCUGAGCAAGAAGAGUACGUCCGAGAAGGCAUUCCUUGGCAGAAUGUGCAGUAUCUGAACAACAAGCCGUGUUGUGAAUUAAUUGAGAAGCAACAUCAUUUAAUUGAUUUGCUUGACGAGGAGUGUGUAAUUCCAAACGGUUCUGAUGCGUCAUUGCAUGACAAGCUGCUGAAGAACUUGAAGGGCAAACCUCAUUGGGUGCAGCCUCCCGCAUCUCAGAACUCACAAAAGAUCUUUCAAAUUGCUCACUACGCCAGCAACGUAACAUAUGAGUGCUCUGGCUUCCUUGAGAAGAAUCGAGACACGCUCUUCGUUGACUUGGUCGAGCUUAUGAACAAAAGUUCGAUGACGUUGGGUAAAACACUCUUCGCUGAUGCCAUGCCAGACAAAAAUUCCAAGAAACGUCCUGUUACGGCUGGAGCUCAAUUUAGAACUCAAGUUGGUGCUUUGGUGACAUCGCUAAUGUCGUCUGUCCCAUACUAUAUUCGAUGCAUCAAGCCAAAUGCUACGAAGUCAGCCAAAAGGUUUGAUCAAGACCUAGUUGUCGUUCAAGUACAAUACCUUGGACUGCUGGAAAAUGUUAAGGUCAGAAGAGCAGGGUACGCAUUCCGUCGCUCCUUCAAUCUCUUCUUGCAACGUUACAAGAUGUUGACCUCCACUACUUGGCCAUUCUAUCGUGGUGACGAGUCAAAAGGCUGCAGUAUCAUCAUGCAGCAUCUCAGUAUCGCAGCUACUGAAUUCAAAAUUGGCAAAACCAAGAUUUUCGUCAAGUCUCCAACCACCAUAUUCAAACUUGAAGAGUUACGUGAUGCAGCUGUCGAGAAACUGGUUGUCAAGAUCCAAAGGACUUAUCGGGCUUAUGUUAUGAGACGAUGGUUCUUGGAAUUACGAGCUCUUACACGUGAGCUUGUGUAUGGUAACAAAGAACGUCGCAGAGCUAGCUUGGAACGUAAAUAUAGAGGAGAGUACAUUGAAAUCAGGAAGGGAGAUUUCCAGUCCAUUAUGAAGAGACACGGAGACUCGAGAGUCUUGUUUGCUGAUAAUGUGAAGAAACUGAACCGGUCGUUCAAAUUCGAUCGUAGGGUGCUAGUCAUUACCGAUAAGAAUAUUCAUUGGUUUGCCUUUGAAAGUGGCCGACUUUCCCAUCACAAGUUCCUUCUGCAAGACCAUCUUACGGGUGUUAGCUUGUCAGAAUAUUCAGACAAUUUCAUGUGCAUUCACGCUUCUAGAGCAACAAAUGGAGGGGCAAGGCAGUCUUUGGUAUUCGAGAGCGAACACAAGACAGAGAUUACUGUUGCACUCAAGGAGCACUUUAGUGCCAAAGGUCGUGACACUCAGCUUGAAUUCAAAUUCGUCAACAGUAUCUCAUUUGAAUUCGAGAAGGGCCAAACUCGUACAUUAAGGUUCCAGAAGGGCACCUUUCUACCACUGAAAGUCACUGGGACUGAAGCAGUAGUAUCUGUAGAGGCUGGUCUUCCGAAGACGACAGAUAUACACAUGGACUACGUACCAAUGAAGCAUCGAAAGGAAGGCGCAACCCAUGUUGGCUCGUCCUCACGCACCCUGGCUACUUCAAAUGAGACUGUAUCGCAGACUCCAAGACCAGUAUGGGCCAAAGCAAACACACCAUCAAGUGCCUCUGAAGAUGCCAAGAACAAACCAGAACCAUACAUGCUGAAAAAGAUUUCCUCCAGUCCGAAUGCAACUAUUAGUAAGUCAUUUAAUGCUCCUCCAGCCAGUAAGCCCCAGUAUACCCCAACCACCAUACCAAACACCCAAAGGCCAGUUAUCACAAACAAUGCCACUCAAAUAAAACCAGUGAGCGCACCACCAUCAAACACUGUUGUUCCUCAGGCUCCUGUGAAGAGACCAGCUCCACCACCGCCAAGAAAGACUGAGAAACGAGUGAAGGCUAUAUACUCAUUUGAGCCUAGAGCAGCUGAUGAGCUGAAGAUUGUUGAAAAUAAGGAAUACGUAUAUGUCGGAGAAGCUGACGCUGGGUGGUCUCGUCUCAAAGACACUGUCUCGAGCCGUGAAGGGCUAGUACCUAGUAAUUAUUUUGAGCCAUUGUAA